AAUCAACAAAACUAGAAGAAUUCGUCUGCGGAAAUCAGACAAGAAGAAUGAAUUUUCUUGCAUUAUGUCUUGUGUUAGUGUUAACCUCGGUAGCAACCGCACAAAUCCCUAAACCGAGAGAAGAAGAUGUGAUUGUGAAGGAAGGCCGCAGAGUGGUGGUGGUCGAGUACGAGAAAGACGACGGCAACACCAAGGUUUUGAUCUCUCCGCAGGACAAACCUGAUGAUAAUUUUGUGAAGAAAGCGAAGGAGGCUUCCUCUUCUGUUGUUGAUGAAAUCGGUGAUUUAGUUGGAAAAAUCAAAGAUGAUGAGAAUGUUCAGAGCAAAUUCCGGCCUCGAGAGCUCGUUUGCGACGCCUACGGCAAGUGCAAGCACAAGCUCGCCUCGGCCUUGGGGAAAACGGCCGAGGCUGCAGAGGAGGUGAAGGAGAAGUUUCUAGAAGGCAAGGAGGCUGCGGAGGGGGCCGCGGAGAAGGUUAAAGAGAAGUUUCUAGAAGGGAAGGAGAAGGCUGAAGGGGCAGCGGAGGGAGUGAAAGAGAAGUUUCUAGAAGGGAAGGAGAAGGCGGAGGGGGUAGAGGAAAAAGUGAAAGAGAAGUUUCUAGAAGGUAAGGAGAAGGUGAAAGAGAUGCUUCUAGAAGGUAAGGAGAAGGCGGAGGAGGCGGAGGAGGAGGUGAAAGAGAAGCUUCUAGAAGGUAAGGGGAAGGUGGAAGGGGCGGAGGAGGAGGUGAAAGAGAAGCUUCUAGAAGGUAAGGGGAAGGUGGAAGGGGUGAAAGAGAAGUUUCUAGAAGGAAAGGGGAAGGGUGGGAAGGGAUUGAGGGAGAGGGUGGGGGCCGUGGUGGGGGUGGUGCAUAUGAUGGGUUUUGCGGUGGCGUAUGGGAUGUGCGUGUGGAUGACGUUUGCAUCGAGCUACGUGCUGGCGGGGGCGGUGCCGAGGCGGCAGUUUGCGGUGGUGCAAAGCAAGAUGUAUCCAGUGUAUUUUAAGGGGAUGGGGUGUGGUGUGGGGAUGGCUUUGUUGGGGCAUUUGGCGGGGCGGGGGAGGGAGGAGGCGGUGUUGCAAGGGAUGAACCUCGCGGCGGCGUUGGGGAUGAUCUUGGUGAAUUUGAUGUGGCUGGAGCCUCAAGCAACUAAGGUGAUGCUUGAAAAAAUGAAGAAGGACAAGGAAGAAGGCUCCAGAAAGGAGGCAGACGUGGUCGAACCAAUCAGGAAGGCCAGCGACUCUGCGGGUGAGACAGCAGGCAGAGGCCCGACUAGUGAAGAAGCAGCGGCUACGUCUGAAAUAAUCCAUUUGAGCCGAACUCUGGAGAGGCUGAACUCAUAUUCAUCUUUCCUCGAUGCCCUAACUCUCAUGUUGCUGACCUGGCACCUUGUGUACCUUGGGCAGCGUCUGAACGCGCCGACAUGCUGAUGUGUUGCUCGUGGCCGUGACUUGUGACUUGCACAGUUAUGUUUGAAUUGCUGAUGUUUACUUUUGUAGAUGGGAGUGUAAAAGAUAGCUAGAAUGUUAAAUAUGUGUAGUCAUGUUUGUAUACAAGUAUAUUAAGCAUAGAUUUGUACCACAAAUCGGGCAAUAUUUUGGUUGAUGUGGAUC